UGAAACUGACACAUUGGUGCUUUUCACAGGGGACACCGCAAAAGGAUGUUCUAAUAAAACCCGAUGCCCCGAGCACACUGCUCUCAGAGAAGCACGUGGACUACAUAGCUUCGUACGGAACAAAGAAAGAUGACUAUGAAUACUGUAUGUCGGAGUAUCUGAGAAUGAGUGGUGUCUACUGGGGGCUGACAGCGAUGGACCUCAUGGGGCAGCUGCACCGAAUGAACAAGGAUGAAAUUCUGGCAUUCAUCAAGUCGUGUCAGCAUGAAUGUGGUGGGAUAAGUGCCAGCAUAGGCCAUGAUCCUCAUCUUCUGUACACCCUCAGUGCUGUUCAGAUUCUUAUCUUAUAUGAUAGUCUCCAUGUUGUUGAUGUAAAUAAAAUUGUUGAAUACAUACAGAGUCUGCAGAAAGAAGAUGGAUCAUUUGCUGGGGAUGAAUGGGGAGAAAUAGAUACCAGGUUCUCCUUCUGUGCUGUGGCAACUCUUGCACUUCUGGGAAAGUUGGAUGCCAUUGAUGUGGGGAAGGCAGUAGAAUUUGUUUUGUCCUGUAUGAACUUUGAUGGAGGAUUUGGCUGCAGACCAGGUUCUGAAUCACAUGCAGGCCAG